AUGGACUAAUUUGAAACAAUCGAAGGCAAAAUUCUAUAUAUUACCUUCAAUUUAUAUAAGCAAAAUAGUAUUUGUAUACAAUAAAAGAAUGAAAUAAAAGGUUCAUAAUUUAAAAUUAUAAUUAGACAUGUUGAUAAGUAAAAAUCAUCUUAUUGUAAAAUUAAUUGAAGAACUAAGAAGAGGAUAAAAUUUAACUCAUAUCGAAAACACUCUCGAAAAAAUUAAUGUAAGAUGCCUAUAUGUAAUAAUUUAAUUUUAGGAUUUAAGUCCUAGAGACUUUGAUGACAGCCUUAGUAUUUCAUAUAAAAAUAAAAGACCAAGAAGAUAUAGAUUCCUAAAAUCUAAUUUACCAAGAAAUUUAGACAAUAAAGAAAUUAGAGUAAAUGAGGAUACUGAUUCAUAGUCUCGAAAUUCCAAUUAUUAGUUUGAAUUUGAUUCAAGAAGACGUGUAUAUUCUUUAGCAACUGAUUCAUGUUGA